CAUGUACCUAUAUGGGGUCCUGGGCCUUGGAAAGUGAGGACUUUAGCCACUAGGCUACCGCACCGAGGUCCUUUGUGUUCUUUAGCCUGAAAGCCAGAGACUGAAUCAACUUUUCUGUCAUAUGAGAUCAGUAUUAGGGGACCACUUGUUUUAAAUAAAGCAUUUUGCUUUAACUCGAGGCAACAGCUGUUUCCCUAACCAAUUGGCAGACAUUUUGUGACCCUGAGAAUGCCAUCUGAUACACUGGAGGUCUGUGUGCAGUGUGAAGAGAGCGACGCUGGGUCUCCACGCGCUGCCCAUGGAGGCUGCUGCUUGUCUUGUUAUCCUUCUCAAAACCUGCCUUGGCAACCAAACUCCCAGAUAAAGUGGCGGGGCACGGGAAACACCAAAUCGUCCUGGGGUCCUGCUAAUGAAAGUUCUUCAUUGCCACUGCAACUCAGGCUGUGCUCACAGUUGAUUUUCUGAGUGGAAUUCGGACUCUGAGUUUUGGCUUUGGAAUCUGCUGGAUUGGGUUCAGAUCAUUGAUUUCAGCAAGGGACUCUGUUGCCUGCGAAGUUUAACUUGUGCUUGUGAGCCUUUACUGGAUUGUAAAAUGGAGGGAAGGACUAGCUGAGGGCGUUGUCAUCAUUGUAUGGGAAGUCCUAACUUGUGUGCUUGUCACAUCUUAGCAUGGUGAAUUUAGGUUCCGCACUCAGUGCUUUUGCACAGUGGGUGUGAAUGUGUUGACGGAGUCCUCACUUGUGUGUGUAAGGGUGCUCUCUGCACGUAUAUAUACCCACAUGUGUUCCUGUGCAUGAAGAGGUAGGUUGGAGCCACCCGGAAGCCAGGUGCAGGUCUCUGACAAGGACCGGCAGUGUGCUUGCGUCUUACACAUCCUUCAAUAUCUUGUUAUUCUGUUUGGAUUUUUUACACUCUUUAAUGUAUUCAUUCUUACCAGAUUUAGACAAAAAGAAGCCUAGGGAGCUGAAGAUGGAUCAGGCUCUGCUGCUCAUCCAUAAUGAGCUUCCUGGGACCCACCUGGCUGUGUACUGGAAAUCCGAACGCUGCUACCAUUGCUUGUUUGAGCUUCUGGUCAAUGUUCCUCAGAGUGAAAAACCGGGGCCAGCCAGCAUUGCCGCUGUCCCUAUCAGCAGCCAGCAUGGGUCGGUCCUGCAGCUGAAUGAUUCCCGAGCAGAGAAGGAAGUCUGUAGGCUGGAAUACAGGUUUGGGGAAUUUGGAAACUAUUCUGUCUUGGUGAGGAGGAACCUUAACGGGAGCAGCGGAAUUGCAUGUGACGUGGUCAUCAAUGAGAACCCAGUGGACAGUAACCUUCCUGUGACUGUUGCAUUCCUUAUUGGUCUGUCCCUCAUCAUUGCAGUGUGCCUCCUAAGGCUGUUGUUAAGUCUUCCUUGUUUACUUGUAAGGCAGUAUUACAGAGUGACAAAGGGAGGUACAUAUGCAGAGACAUCAUCCACCCACUGGUUCACUCCCCAUAUGGCUGCCACAGACGGAGCUGAGCUGAUGCAGAGCCAGGAACCAGGAGCUUCUCUUGCGUCUCCCAUCUUGGAUGACUUUAAUGAUUGGAUUUCUAAAGCUAUGAGUUCUCGAGAGACUGAUCGCCUCAUCAAUUCUGAACUGGGAUCUCCAAGCAGGGUGGACCCCCUCAGUGGUGACCCCCAGCCGGAAGCAUGGCGCCUGUCUAUGUCAAAUUACCGCCUGCGCUGUGUGGACACAUUCCGGGGGAUAGCUCUCGUGCUCAUGAUCUUCGUUAACUAUGGAGGCGGGAAAUACUGGUAUUUCAAGCAUUCAAGUUGGAAUGGAUUGACAGUCGCGGACCUGGUGUUCCCUUGGUUUGUCUUCAUCAUGGGAACUUCAGUUUUCCUGUCAAUGACUUCUAUGCUGCAUCGGGGAUGCUCAAAAUUCAGAUUACUGGGCAAGAUUACAUGGAGGAGUUUCCUGUUGAUCAUGAUAGGAAUUGUCAUUGUGAACCCUAAUUAUUGCCUUGGUCCAUUGUCCUGGGACGAGUUGCGAAUUCCUGGCGUCCUGCAACGCUUGGGAGUGACUUACUUUGUGGUGGCCGUGCUGGAACUCCUCUUUGCUAAGCCUGUGCCUGAAGCCUGGGUCUUGGAAAGAAGCUGCAUUUGUCUUGGAGAUGUCACUUCCAGCUGGCCCCAGUGGCUCGUCAUUCUACUUCUGGAAAGCAUUUGGGUGGGCUUGUCCUUCUGGUUACCUGUUCCUGGGUGCCCCACUGGCUAUCUCGGCCCUGGUGGCAUUGGAGACUGGGGAAGGUAUCCGAAUUGUACUGGAGGAGCUGCAGGCUACAUCGACCACCUGCUCCUGGGGAGUGAGCACCUUUAUCAGCACCCUUCUUCUACCGUGCUGUAUCACACCAAGGUGGCCUAUGACCCAGAAGGUAUCCUAGGGACCAUCAAUUCCAUUGUGAUGGCAUUUUUAGGAGUUCAGGCAGGGAAGAUUCUGUUGUAUUACAAGGGUAAGACCAAAGAUAUCCUGAUUAGAUUCACUGCUUGGUGUUGUAUUCUAGGCCUUAUUUCUGUUGCUUUGACAAAAAGUUCCGAGAACGAAGGCCUUAUUCCAAUAAACAAAAACCUCUGGUCAAUUUCCUAUGUCACUACCCUGAGCUCUUUUGCCUUCUUCAUCCUGCUGGUCCUGUACCCAGUUGUGGACACAAGGGGACUGUGGACAGGAGCUCCUUUCUUCUAUCCAGGAAUGAAUUCUAUACUGGUGUAUGUGGGACACAAUGUGUUUGAGGACUACUUCCCCUUUCAGUGGAAGCUGGGGGAUAGCCAGUCGCAUAGAGAGCACCUAACACAGAACCUCACUGCCACCAUCCUUUGGGUGCUCAUCGCCUAUGUUUUGUACAGAAAGAAGAUUUUUUGGAAAAUCUGAUAGCCAUCGUGGAAAUUUGUCGCUGGAAACACAUCUUGUGAGCCUGUGGGAAGUAUUCAAACAGCUUUUGUGCAAGAAAUCUUUUAUUUAGAAAUCAGUGGAUGCGUUCUUUCCAGGUCAUCAGGGGAAACGAUGAUAAACAAGGUCACUGCGAUAUGGCUCACCAGAACUCUGCUGGACUGUCUUGAGACCUCCUAUUUGGAAUGUAAUUUGUCUCUUUUCCUUCAUCUUCUGGAUGUAUUUGUGACUUUCUUCUUGUAGAGCUCAUUGAGCUCUCCAAAAGGGAAUCUCUAUGGACAGUUUGCUUCUGUGAAGGAUACAAACAUCUAAGAUCGGACUCUUAAUGGAUUUUUGUCUUUGUACACCUUUCCGUUCGUAUACACAUACCAGCUGGACACAUUUGCAGCCUCGUGUGGCUGAGUACAAAGGAACUGAAUGGCCCAUACCAUCAUCUGGGUGAAUAUUUAUAUUAAAUACAAUUUUGUGUUU